AUGGCGCGACUUUCCGGACUGCAAAGAGAUGUGCUGUCUCUGUAUCGCCAGUGCCUACGAGCUGUAAGGGGAAAGCCUGCGGAUACGCGACCACAUUUUCGAGAGUUCGCAAGAGCUGAGUUCCACAAGAACCAGGGUGUUGGCAAGAAAGACUUUGGCACGAUUGAAUACCUACUGCGAAGGGGGCGCAGACAGCUCGAGACCUACCAGGACCCAGGCAUUCGUGACCUCCACUGA